GUCAUGCGGGUGGAUUACGGCAGUCAUUCCAUGCACACCUGCAGUCUUGCAUGAAGCGGGCUGGUUGCGUCCGUUGUCUACCUGCAUGAGAUCUGUCUCCGUUGCUGGCUGCCACGAGGUGCCUGCAUGCUGUCUCCGUCAUGUCUACUUCGACCGACGAAAGCGCCAUGCACGCCACCCAAGCAAGCCCGCAACGAGACAGUAUCAAUUGCAUCACACGCACAGAAGAAGAGCGUCUCGAUAGCAUGGACUUGCGAUGCCGAGGUAGUCUGUCAGAGAUGGGCAGAGAGGAAGAAAGAUCAAGGUCGUCCAUCCAGUGUAGUAUUUUUCCACAAAGACCUGGCAAAAAAGUGGGACACAGCCAGUAUUGCAAUAGGGCUGUUUGAUCCAUUGAUCAGGGUGACGGCUCGAAGACCAACAAGCAGGAGAAGCGAGGCUGCUGCUUGCCCUGCGUGUCGCCCGCCGCAUCGCCACUCAGACCAACAGAUAACCACACACAUGUGUAUCAAGCAAGGACCGAGACAGUACACCUCAAGUCCAUCAUCUCGCGGGUGGUCUGUAUGUGGGCAUGUAUCACUGAUGCACAGGCACACCAGGUGACAGACCAUGACGCAUCUCGCUCCGUCAGGCAGUGACCUGGAGGACCCGAGAGACAGUGAUGCACAACCCACACAAACACACACAUGACGCAAGCCGUCGAGUCAACAAGGCAAUCCAUGAUCGAAUGAAUGGUAAGGCUGCGACAAAUCGGUGCCUUGCUUCCCUCCCUCCCUCCGCCCCUCACUAUAUAUCUCACAAAACGGAUAUCGCGCCAAACCGGCAAAAACCACCACCUUGUGAACACACACGUGCUGAAUUGAUGCACUUACCCACCACCUGUCUGUCUGUCUGUCUGUCCCCUCCCUCACACAAACGCGCCCAGCACCUUGGACCGCUCCCUCUCCGCCUCGGUGAGGAGCGAAUCGGGGAUGACCUCGAGGAUCUCAAAGUCGGGCUGCCGCAGCGUCCAAACGCCCCGCUUGAAGCGGCCCUCCCACCCCCGCCGGUCACUGCACACCUGCAUCAGCGUCUCAGGCUUGGCGCCGGGGUCGAAGAUGAGCAGGAAGCGCUCAACUUCAGACCCCUUGCUGCGCUUCUGUGCGCCGAUUAUGGUGCGUGAGUGGCCCUGGUGCUGGAAGUAGAGAGGGGGGCGGCUGGUGCGGCGGACGGCCCCGGGGCGCAGUCCCUUCUUCUCGUGCUCGGGAAGGUCGCGGCCGUAGUAGUUCCACACGUACUCGAACAUGCGAUCGGUCAUCCGCUGGUGGGCCGGGUCGACGGGCUUCUUGUUGCCGUUGUUGUUCUGCCCGCCCUUGCCGCGUCCCCGCCCUCGCCUGCCUCGCCCGCGACCCCCCCUGCCGCCCCGAUGGUUGCCGCCGUUGCCCUGCUCGUUGAAUGGGUGAUGGCGGUUGUCCUUGUUGCGGCCAUUGCGCUCUGGCUGGAAGUAGUCGCGGAUGUCCGACGAGGGGGGCGCCUUGGAAGCGGUGAUGAGGGGCAGCCAGUCGGAUUUCUUCUGCUUCUGCUUGCCGUUGCCGGGUGCCCAGUCGGAAUCGCCGUCGACGUCGUCGUCCGAGUCGCCACCGUCCUCCUUCUCUGUCUCGUCGUCUUCGAUGGCGCGUGGCUUGCGAUCGGCCGGGGAGGGCGAGCCGUCCAGGACGAUCGCAUCAUCGUCAUGCCCCUUGCCGGCACCGCUGGAUGGAGGGGCUGGGGGAGGGGGAGGGGCGGCAGCCGCAGCCGCCGAUGAGGAUGCGCCGGCAUUGGUGUUCUUGUAGAGGUCACUGUCUGCGCCGUUGUCGAUGGCCGGCGGCGCGUCACUGGAGCCGGCGCCGUCGCCCUGCGGACCCCACACGCGCUGCGUCCGGGAGGUGAAUGCGUGGAUGUUGCACCGAAUGUCCAUCGAACGGAGCAGCGCCGCUACCUCAGUCGUACCUGCACACACCCACACACACAAGACAUCCGCCUCAAUUGCGCCCUCCCUCUCUGGCAUCACCCCUCCCCUCCCCGCCCCUUCGCUCGCUCACCGAUCCAGACAUCUCUGUUGGCGAGCUGGCCUUGGAAGUGGAGGCAUCCCUCGGGGUCCCAGCCGCCCUUCCACGCCCUCUCGAUGUAGAGCUGCAUGGCGGCCACACACGGCACGAACCCUCGACCGCCGAACAGACGAUUGCUGAUGUGGGGAUAGGCCUUGAGCAGGUGACUCAUGACCAUCUGGGCGUUCUUGUACCCACACGCCCACCUGACAGACGGAAGGAGGCAGACAGACAGACAGACAGAUGUGUCGGUGUGUGCGAUGCUGGUCAUGGUAAUGUCUGUCUGUGUGUGAGUGUGUGUGAGUGUGCAGCGGGGUGUGGCCCUCACCCCGCCUCCCCCUCGUCACGAGAUGAAUGGUAGUAUGUGAUGUCCGUCGACCCCAGACGAUACUCAGAGAAGCCCCCGUCGUUGGCCUCGCCCACUGCGGCACUCAGCUCACUCAUGAGCGCGUCCACCCCGCCCACCUCCUGCGUGAGGACGUCCUCAGGGUUGGCGGGCGACAUGUUGUGCAGUGCCUGCUGGAACAGCUGCGUGUCUGCCAGGGCGCCGCCGCCACCGUCCGCCCUGCCCGUGCCGAAGAGGGCGGCCUCCUGUUGCUGGAUCUGCUUGGCGAGGGCGAGCGAUGCUUCCUCCUGCUCCCGUUCCAUGACCUUCCGGGCCAUGAGGGCGUCUGUAUGGGGUGGGAGGUGAGGGAGGUGAGGGAGGUGAGAGAGGUGAGAGAGGGGGGAGGGGGAAGAGGGAGAGCGGAUAGUGUGGCUUAAGUUGAUGUGGGGUGGGGUCUGUGGUGGGCUGUGGGGUGUGUGGUUGGCUACCUGAUGAAGACGAUGGCCACUGUGCGUUUCCUUCCUCGUGUUGUGGCGUGUUGUUGUGCUGCAGCUGCUCUAGGUCCUUCCGCUCCAGCCGCUUGGCCAACUCCACUGACGAAGGGCCCUCUGCAAGACAACAGAGAGCACAGAGGGGGGGUGUCUUGUAGGUUAAUGGAUUUGCCAUCUCACGCAGUCACCUGCACUUGCUGACGCUGCGGCUGCAGCAUUCCGUCCGCGUGAUGACGGUCUCCGCUCAAACUCCUCCGCCAGCUGCCGUGCCAGUGCCUCGUCAGAGAGUUGUUGCCCACCACCAGCACCAGCACCACCAGCACCAGCACCAGCACCAGCACCACCACCACCAGCAGCACCUUGGCCAUACUCAUCAUACUGACAGAACACACACAGCGAGCAGAGAGGCACGUGUGCUGCCUGGGGCAGCACAGCCGCCAGAGGCGUUAGCUGCCUGUCCUGCGCCUGACCUGCAGUUUCAACGCCAGCUCCUCGUCUGACGUCAUGAGUGACCGACGACGACGAGUCAUUACACAAGUCCAAUUACGCUUACAGCGAACUGAACGAGUUCAACGAUAUAGGAAAGCCG